AUGGAGGUAGCUGCCUGGCUUGGAUUGUUUUUUCUCUGGCCGGCACCUGUGAAAAAGGACAAGAAUGGGAAACCCGUUUUGCCCGUUGUGAGCAAGAAGAAGAUCUUGGGCGUGGAGCGUGCCAUUGAUCUUCCCCAAGAGCAGAUUCCCAAAAUAGAAAAGGCAAUGGCCGAAAUGGAGCGCGGCAUUGACGACUGCGAACAUUGUUGGUUUGACUCUUGCUUUCAAGGUGCCAAGCUGCAUUAUCGCAAAUUUUUGCCCAAAGGACCCGUCAAGGGUAUUGUCAUUUGGUUUCAUGGAAUCGCAGCCCACAGUGGAAGAUCGCUCGUAUUGGAUGAGGAGGGUGGCAAGGAGAAGAAGUUCGGUAUGGCUCUGCAAAAAGAACGCUGGUUAAAAGCUGGCUACGCCUUGUAUGCCCUUGAUUACCUUGGCCACGGGUACAGUGAGGGUAUCCGGUUUUAUGUGCCUGGAUUUGAAACCAACCGCGACGACAAUAUUGCCUUUACCAAGCAUGUGGCUUCUCUACACCCAGAAGGCACUCCCCUUUUCUUGACCGGGGAAUCGUAUGGGGGAUGCUUGACACUCCAUGUGGCCAAACAUUUCCAGGACAACCCAGCGGACACCCCCAAAGGAUUCAACAGCAUCCUUCUGCUUGGCGCGGCCGUUAUUCCCGCCGAUUUACCACCCAAACCAGUGGUAUCUUUGCUGCUCCAGCUGUCACUAUAUUAUCCAACCUGGAUCCCCUUUUUCAUGCCCAAUCCAGUGUCCGCGGAUCUGGUUUGGCGAGACAAGAGAGUCUUGGACGUCUUUGACUCCAAGGAACGACGGGCAUUUGGAAUUGACGGUGGUGGCAGGCCAUUUCGACUAGCUACCGCCUCGGGCAUGCUGGAAGCCCUGCAACAGGUACGAGAAGAUAUCAUUCCUACAUUGACCGUGCCAUUUUGUGUACUGCACGGAGUCAAGGACUAUGCCGUGCCCAUUUCGAGUAUGGAGUUUCUUUUGGAACAUGCCGCAACCCCCGAGGCUGAUCGAGAAUCGAAGCGGUUCCCCGAGGCCUACCAUGAUUUGUUGAAUGAUCCUGUGGCUGAUGAAACGAUGGACAUUAUGAUCAACUUUGUGGAAAAGCGUGUGGCGGCUGCGUAG